UGCAGGGGGGUGGGGAGGGCAGGCAGGGAUGGACAGAGACCCAGAGAGAAGGGAACAGAGACCCAGAAAAGGGAGGACGAGAGACUGAGGGCUGGGAAGGGGGGACAGAGAGGGAUGCAGAGAUGGCAGAGCUUAGCAGGCAGUGAGGUCAGAGUGUCUGUGAGGUCGGCUGCUGUCCAGGGCUGGCCUGGGGUCCUGGUGCCCAGAGUAGGUGUGUGCAAGGAGCUCAGGAGUCCCUAUGGGAGUCCCAUAAGGAGCCAUGGAGACCUGGGAGGGACUACCCAGCGUGUCCUUGGUGCCCACAAAUUCCAAGGCCCCUCAGGUGAAGAUGUCGGCCCAGGACAGCUGCCUCAGCCUCAUCAAGUACCUCCUCUUCGUUUUCAACCUCUUCUUCUUCGCUUGUCCUUCGUGCCCCUGCAGAUCUGGUCCAAGGCCCUGGCCAUCUCAGGAAUUCUCACCAUGGGCCUUGCCCUCCUGGGCUGUGUGGGGGCCCUGAAGGAGCUCCGCUGCCUCCUGGGCCUGUAUUUUGGGAUACUGCUGCUCCUGUUUGCCACGCAGAUCACCCUGGGAAUCCUCAUCUCCACUCAGCGGAUGCGGCUGGAACGGAGGGUGAAGGACAUCGUGAUGGAGACAAUCCAAAACUACCGCUCGCGCCCGGAGGAGUCGGCGGCGGAAGAGAGCUGGGACUACGUGCAGUUCCAGCUGCGCUGCUGCGGCUGGAACUCUCCCCGGGACUGGUUCAAUAUCCCCAGCCUCAUCAGCAACGAGUCGGAGGUGCAUCGCGUGCCCUGCUCCUGCUAUAAUUCAUCAGCGACCAAUGACUCCGCAGUCUUCGAUAAGCUCUCGUUCCCCCAGUUCAGCCGGCUCCGACCACUGGCGCGGCCCCGGCACAGUACAGACCUUUGCGUGGUUCCUGCAAACAGCAAUAUCUACAACGAGGGCUGCGCGCGGAGCCUCCAAAAGUGGUUGCACAACAACCUCAUCUCCAUAGUGGGCAUUUGUCUGGGCGUCGGUCUACUUGAGCUCAGCUUCAUGACGCUCUCGAUAUUCCUGUGCAGAAACCUGGAUCAAGUCUACGACCGGCUCGCUCGGUACCGCUAGGCCCCGUCCCUUCAAGUGCCCUAGGGGCUUCCCUGUGGUCUGUAAAUAUUUGUUCAAUCCCCAGUUUGCCCCAACCAUUGAGUCCUCCACCUCCUCAUUUCCCCGGGGGACCCAGAUGUCUGCCUGCCCAGCUGCUGUCACCUCUCCCGCGGGACCUGGGGCUUCCGGCCACCAGCUUCCUGCCCCCAAAGACACCUCAUUUCCUAGCCUUAUCUCUCGGCUUACCACCUCCCACAGGAUUAUUUUCGCCCAAACCCCAAAUAAACCCCCUGCGUUUUGGUAAAAUAGUUUUAUCCUCUGUCAAAACACAAACCAACACACUUUGCGGGUGAGGGGAGGCAACACAGUAUAUAGCCCACGUCUUAUUGAGAAGAGAGGAUGACAUUUAAAAGCCUCACCCCACAGCUUGCCCUAAUACCCACUUAUAAAUAUCUCUUGUUAUAUUAAAAAAAAUAUUUCCAGGGCCCACCUGGCUCUGCUCCUGCA